AUGAAGGUAGCGCCGUUUACCGGGGAAGGCCCCUCACACUGUCGGAAUCAAGGGGAGGCAGGCAAUUUCGGCCUCUUCGAGUACUUUCCUGGAAUCCAGGUCAUCUGGGGGCUCAGCAAUGGCGAGGCCACGGCGGCUCCCUCCAAGGCAGACGGGGUCGUGGUCCUUCUGUCCCCUCGCAUCGACUCAGGACAGAUUCGUUGGCGCGAGCACAGGGUAGGAAGGUUGCUUGAGGUCAGAUUUGUGCAUGCGGGCUGUCCUUUCGUGGCACUCAACGCCUAUCAGCAUGUUUGGUCCUCAGCCAAGACGCCGCAGCAGAACCGCAAGGACCGCAGCUCCUUCUUAGCAUCUCUGAAUAAGGCAGUACGGCAGGUCCCUUCUCGUACUUCGCUGGUAGUGGCUGGUGCCACCCUUUCCCCCUCUCCUCGGCUAGUAGGCCCGCGUACGUGCGGCGCGGCCCCCAGACCGGACAGUGAGAGCCUGCAAGAGCUAGUAGAGACGCACAAGCUGGUAGCCCUGAACACGUGGCAUGCGGCCAUACCACACACGCACACGCAGCAGGGCUCCCAUUCCCAGAUUGACUUCGUCUUCACUAAGGAGCCUCAGGCGGGAGGACAGGCCAAGAGAUCUGCGCCACUUCACGACUGGCACUUAGGCAGCUGGAAAGUCGGCGGCCACUCUCCUGUUUUUGCAGCCGUAAAGCCCCUAGGUCAUUGGCAACUUCCUCUGAGAAAGGACGUGUCGACAUGCGAUGUCAAACAGCUACAAGCUGAGGUUCGUGAAGGUUCAGACCGGGCCAAACAGAUGCGGGACUGGGUCCGCGCUCGAAUGCCCGUUCAGCAUCCAGACCAGUGCAACCAGAUUCUCACUGCAGCGGCUGAGCUUUUUUUCCCGAGGAGGGUCCGCAGCAGCCAGCGCCCCUUGGAUUCCAGGCGCAUGUGGCAACUUGCCCGAGAAGUUAAGUCCUCCCCAAACCCUGACCCAGCUAGGCUGGCGGAACUAGAGGCCUCUCAGGAACAACACAGGCAGCAGGUGCGACAGCGGCAGAAGGAAAGGGCCGCUAAAUUCUUAGAGGGAGUCGAUGAGGCCAUAGCGGAAGGGUCUUCGCACGUUGCCUACUCCACGCUGAAGCAGCUCAGGCCGUGGCAGCCUCAGCAGCGAGCUCAGCUUAAGAAUCGGGAUGGCAGGCUGAUGGGUGUAGCGGAGGAGUUGGAAGUGCUAGGAGAAUUUGCAUCCUCCAUCUUUGGUGCGCACGCCCCGCUUCCGGACAGAACGGGUUCUCUCCCGCACUUAGAUCCGCAGCUCCUGGCUAAGCACAUAAGGUCCAUCAAGCCGCAUAAGGCGGUUCCGAAGGGCUCAGCGCCGGCAGCGGCUUGGAAGCUUUGCGCUAAUGAAGUUAGCCCCUCUAUAAGCGCUUUUUUGGCCACAGUAGGCGAAGAGCGGCUUCCCUCCGGGCUUCUGGACGCAGACCUCUGUCUAAUCCCCAAACCAGGCAAGCCUGCAGACAAGCCGUCUAAUUUAAGACCUCUUGGCAUACUAAGACCAGAUGCUAAGGGUGUCGCGGGAGCGGCGCGGGAGCUGCUCUCUCCGGGGCUUCAAAGCUACAUGAGGGAGGUUCCGCAGUUUGCCUAUCUUCCCGGAAGAGGCUUGUCGGACGCGCAUGCUAGACUGAUACGUCAUCUUCGGGAGGUGCGACAGCUUUGUGGCACUGCCUCCCCGGGAAGACAGGAGCUCCGGGAAGGCGCACUGCGUCCUGAUCUCGUCGGGGGCCUCACGUUCGCUCUUGACCUCUCUCAAGCCUGUGACACAGUCUCGCGACAGGAGAUCAUAGCUACACUCCCUGCUUUAACUGACGACCCUGCCCUGGUAUCGCUAGUGCAUGCCCUACACCACCGCUCCGCUUACAAGCUUGCGGCUCAGGGUGAGGUCACUGAGGUUGAGACCACCACGGGCAUCAAGCAGGGCUGCAAACUGGCCCCGAGCCUUUUCAGCCUCCUAACGGGUAAGCUAAUCAAGGAGCUCAUAGAGGUUUUUGGUGAGGACAGGGUUUGUGCCUUUCUGACGGGCUACGCAGACGAUCUCACCGUGCACAGAACCAUACGCUCCGUAGUAGAUGUAGAGGCCUGUCACGCGCUAAUACGAGCCGUCGUGGAAAGCCUUAAGGACCAUAAGCUGGUUUGUAAUCAGAGCAAAUGCUUUAUCCUAGCCAAGUUCGCGGGUAGGCAGGCGGCAUCAGUCACGAAGCAGUACACUGCCUGGACCAGGAACGAGGCGGGGGAGCGCAUCAAACUCUGGCGUAUCGGCAAGACCAAGCAUUUUCCUGCCUUGAGAUGGGUCCCGACCAUCAAGUUUCUGGGCAUCAAAGCCAGCUACGGGCCCUUCGAGAUGCAGACUCUCACUUUUCGCAUCAGCGAAGCCAAGCAGAAACUACAUCAGGUGGGCCUCUCGCUGGAGUCCGCAAAAUCCCUCAAGGCCUGGUACGCAUUUAAAAUCCGAUCACUUUUAAACAAACCGGCCCACCUCUAUGACCUGUACUCUAUAGAGGACCCUGAGCAGUUGGCUAAUCUGCGCCAGUUCAAGCACCUCCCUGAGACCGAGGCGGCAGAGGGCACGCCAGUCAUUUCCUGCCAGGACUGCGACAGGUCUUUUGUCUCGGAGCAGGGGCUGCGGCUUCACCGGUCGGUGCACUACUACUGCUCCCUUGUCAUUGGCAAGUCGGCGCAGCAGGAGAAGGCGGCGGCCAGCAACCAGGAACCGCCGGCGCCAAGCCGACGACAAGAGAACACCAGCUGCCGUCCUGCCGUCCGGCAGGGCUUUGCCUCCUACCCCGCCUGA